AUGGAGCGUAUCGAGCGCUUGCUUUCACGGCCGACCGCAAAGCCGUACAGAUCGCGGGAUAUCGAAGCAUCGGAAGAACCAUGGCUCAACGAAGAUGGCUUGCUGGACUUCUCACCUGAUGAUAUGGAAAACCCCAAGAAUUGGUCCAAAGGUCGUCGUUGGUACAUUACAGUGGCAUCCGUCAUUCUUGUCGUCAAUGCGACAUUCGCAUCGUCAAGUCCCUCAGGUACUCUGGAUGGAAUCGCUAGGGAUUUGCACGUCUCCACAGAAGCUGCUGGUCUUGUCAUCACUCUUUUCUUGCUGGGUUACUGCGCUGGACCACUAGUGUUUGCGCCAUUGUCCGAAUUCUAUGGUCGUCGUUGGAUUUUCUACAUCACCUUCACCAUGUACCUGGCCUUCAACUUUCUAUGCGCCUUCACACCCAAUUUCGGAGGUCUCCUUGUCGGUCGCUUCUUGACUGGUACUUUUGCCAGUGCCUCUUUGUCCAAUGCACCUGGCGUUCUUGCCGACAUCUGGGGCCCAAUCGAACGUGGCAAUGCCAUGGCCACCUUCUCCAUGAUGACAUUCGUUGGUCCCGCUCUCGGCCCUGUCAUCUCUGGUUUUCUGGAGCUCAAGGAAGAUUGGAGAUGGAGUUUCUAUGUCCUGCUCUGGCUGGGUGCUUUCACCGAGAUUUUGAUGUUCACUAUUCCUGAGACUUUGCCGUCGAUUGUCCUUCUGAACAAGGCAAGAAGAAUUCGAGCAUUGAAGAUCCCCGGUUACGAGGACGUCAAAGCCCCUGUUGAAAUCACCGACAGGACUCUUGCUGGCAUGUUUGCUGUUGCUUUGACCCGCCCUUGGAAGAUUCUUGUCGACCCUAUCUCGUUCGCAGUCGCCGUCUACCUCGCUGUUGUGUACGCUUUGCUGUACAUGCUGUUCACCAUCUACCCCAUCGUCUUCCAACAGAAACGUGGCUGGAACUCUGGUGUCGGUGAGCUCCCACUGAUUGGUACUGCAGUCGGCGCAGUCAUCGGUGGAGCUAUUAUUUUCACUGUAUCGGCGCGUGACAGAAAGAGACUGGCUGCUGGUCACAAAGCUGUACCUGAGGAUCGUCUUCCAGUCGCAAUGAUUGGCGGUAUCCUAUUCCCAGUCACCAUGUUCUGGUUCGCAUGGACCGCGAAUUUCAACAGCAUUCACUGGAUCGUCCCCACAAUCGCUGGUGUCUUCCUUUCAACCUCGAUCCUGCUCAUCUUUGUCGCCUACCUCAAUUACCUGACCGACACAUAUCUUAUGUACGCAGCGAGUGCGUUGGCAGCCAACACGGUCGCUCGUUCAGCGGCGGGAGCCUCUGCACCACUCUUCACACAGUACAUGUUCAAUGCUCUUGGUGUCGGCGGUGGUGGCUCACUCAUCGCUGGCAUCGCCUGUCUGCUUGCGCCCAUUCCAUUCAUCUUUUACAAGUAUGGAGGUCCAAUUCGCGAAAAGUCGAAGUUCGCUCCUACCCCAGCCAACAAACCUGACGAGCCGCCAAGGGAUGAGGAGAAGGAGGAUGAACCCUUGGAGACUGAGCCGAAAGAGGACUUAGCCACAGAUCAUGACCAUAGCAACAGCGAGACCGAUGUCUCUCGCGCUCCUUCCCACACUCUGGAAGAAAUCAAGCCCGAAAACAGUACGACCCCCUGA